GCCCUCCCGGCAGGCGGGUGCGCGUGGCGGAGCGUCCCGCGCGCAACUUCCAGGGCGCACUCGGCGGGGCCGCGGCGCGCAGCUGCCCGCACCCAGCGCGGGGCCGCAUGGAGGCCACGGAGAAGCAGCACCUGUUGGACGCCAGGCCCGGAGCCCGGUCAUCCAUGGGAACUAUGUGGCAGGAUGGAGCUGGCUGGAUCCCUGUGCCUGGACAUGGCCUGGACUUGCAGGCCAUUGAACUGGCUGCCCAGAGCAACCAUUACUGCCAUGCCCAAAAGGGUCCUGGCAGUCAGUGUGACCCCAAGAAGGAGCGGGCCCGGCGCCAGCUCUAUGUGGCCUCUGCCAUCUGCCUGGUGUUCAUGAUCGGAGAAGUUAUUGGUGGGUACCUGGCACACAGCUUGGCCAUCAUGACUGAUGCAGCCCACCUGCUCACUGACUUUGCCAGUAUGCUCAUCAGCCUCUUUUCCCUCUGGAUGUCUUCCCGGCCAGCCACCAAAACCAUGAACUUCGGCUGGCAGCGAGCUGAGAUCCUGGGAGCCCUGCUCUCUGUGCUGUCCAUCUGGGUCGUGACUGGGGUUCUGGUGUACCUGGCUGUGGAGCGGCUGAUCUCCGGGAACUACGAGAUCGAGGGGGGCACCAUGCUGAUCACGUCGGGCUGCGCCGUGGCUGUGAACAUCAUAAUGGGAUUGAUCCUUCACCAGUCCGGCCAUGGGCACAGCCAUGACACCAGCCAGCAGCAGGAGAACCCCAGUGUCCGAGCUGCCUUCAUCCAUGUGAUUGGGGACUUUCUGCAGAGCGUGGGCGUCUUGGUGGCAGCCUACAUUGUGUACUUCAAGCCGGAGUACAAGUAUAUAGACCCCAUCUGCACCUUCUUCUUCUCCAUCCUGGUCCUGGGGACAACCUUGACCAUCCUGAGAGAUGUGAUCCUGGUGCUAAUGGAAGGGACCCCCAAAGGCGUGGACUUCACAGCUGUGCGGGAUCUGCUGCUGUCGGUGGAGGGAGUGGAAGCCUUGCACAGCUUGCAUAUCUGGGCACUGACUGUGGCCCAGCCGGUGCUGUCUGUCCACAUCGCCAUUGCUCAGAAUGCAGACGCCCAGGCUGUGCUGAAGGUGGCCAGUGGCCUCCUGCAGGGGAGGUUCUACUUCCACACCAUGACCAUCCAGAUCGAGGACUACUCUGAGGACAUGAAGGACUGUCAGGCAUGCCAGGGCCCCUCGGACUGAGGCGUGGACCACUGGGGCAUGGACAGGACCUGCAGGAGGUGGGACUUAGUGUCCCCCAGGCCCAGCCAGGACUCUGCCUACCCUGCCUGCGUCACAAACAGGGUCCCCCUCCUGACCUUGGCUGCCCUGCCCCAGUAAUAGGCUCUUUCUGGCCUCCCUGUCUGACUACAGCGUGCCCUGGGGUGGGGGACUUGGCAGGUAUCAAGCUAGCGUGACCCCACUCCAGCUCCUGGGUCAGCUCCUGGCAGGGCUGUGUUUGAGCUAAUGCUGUCCUACCACCCGCAGUGGCAAAGGCAAUGUGGCACAGUGUGGGACAGCAAGAAGGAAGGCUGGCCUCGGUGCUCCCUUAUUUCCCGUUUGUUGCCUGUCUGGCCUUUGCCUUUUGCGUCUG